ACAAGAGAACUUGAGGUGAGCUUAAGGAGUGCUUUAACAAAGUGAAAAGUUUUGUCUGCGAUCAGUGUGCGAUAACACUGAUUCAGCCUUCAGGUGCGUUUGAACGCUAAUGCGGUUAUAGUUAUUGCAGCCAUUUCCAUGCACAAACUCAAGUUAAAAAUAGUAGAAGCGAACAAUUUAAGUUUAAAAAAAGACAAACACAAAAGAGUGACUGUUCUAUUUUGCCACACCGUUUUCUGAAUGACUCAGGCUAGCUUAAAAAAGCCAACAAAGCAACACGCCUUUGGUCUUAUCAUUGUCUACCGCUCUGAUUAGGGUUUGUUAGGAAUACUGAUUUCUUGCCAUAGUUCACACAAACACAUCAAAGCUUCAAAGAUCUUGGUAAAAAUCCAGUAAUGCACCUCAACACCGCACAGCCAUAUUACCGAAGCUGUUUACAGCGGAAUUGCUUUUAUCUGAAAAUUCUUUUCUCUUCCUGUUUAUACUAUUUUUGCCUCCCGCACAUUUUUCCUGUACACAAAAUUUUAUCCGCGGGCCCUGUUUUUAUCGAUAAUUAGUGUUUGCAGUUUGCUAAAUUUCCUUACCUUGGUAAGGCAAAACUAGAAUUGCCCUUUUUUCUUCUGUUUCAUCAUUUGACGUCGUUUAUAAUAUACACAGUAAUUUCCAUGUCUUGUUCGACAAAGGGCGAUCAUUUUAAAUCUUUGAAGAGUUUACUUUCCUGCUGUUAUUCGGUUUGAUCGCAUGUCUUUUUUAUUUGGGGAUAGAAAAGUAAGAUAAAAUAUUUAUUUUAGUCAUUUCCAUGAAGAGAAUUCUUCAACAGCGUUUCAAAACACGGUCACAUUCAGGACAUGUGAAUCAUUUGGGUACCCUAUUUUAGGCUCUUUUUGACAGAUUAUUUGCCCUCGGGUAAUAGACAAUUGAUGCUAGCUGUUCUAAAACCAGCGACUCACAAAUAUUUAUUUUCUCUCAAGCUAACCCCUCUCCCUCGCCCGCCAAUAGCUCGCGUCCCUGCAAAAAUCAAAGGGAAAAAAAAUAUAUUUUUCAACUUUGUUGUUAUCUUCGAACUACGAUAGCUUAAAAUUUGCAAUUAAUGCAGAUCUUACGGUCCCCCUUUUGACAAAGAAAGGAGAUCAAAACUCGAAAGGUCCUUUUGUUCGAGUACAAUAACUGUUUACGUCAUUCUUUAUACUCGCGCGCUCAACCAUCCUAUAACCAUGACAACCUAAUGCGUUCGUGGCAUCAAUUACGUCCGAUGACGUCAUUGUCUACGUCUUGCAUCCAUGCAUUUACCAAGGCUGCAAGCGAAAAUGUCCUUUGUCAAAUGAAUAACACAUUUCCUUGUCGUUUUUCUUGCUCAAACGCAUUUUUAUUCGCCUCCAUAGGCGCCUUGGUUCGAAUGCAGGGCCCAAGAUGGCGACGGAACGAACCAAGAGGGCUAUAAAAGUGGGAUUUUACGACAUUGAGAAGACAAUCGGUAAAGGCAACUUCGCUGUGGUGAAGCUGGCAAGGCAUCGCGUCACAAAGAGUCAGGUGAGAGACGAAGGCCUUUCAUCUUGUCGCUCGAAAAGAACUGAUUGCUCUGUAACAUGUACAGUCUGCUUCUCUGCGUGUGAUUUUACUAACUUUUCCUGUUAUUCGUCUGCGUAGGUCGCCAUUAAGAUCAUCGACAAAACUCAAUUGGACGACACAAACCUGAAGAAAGUUCACCGCGAAAUUCAGAUCAUGAAGAUGUUAAAUCAUCCGUACAUCAUCAAAUUAUACCAGGUAUGGCAUUUGCUUUACCGUCGCGUGCGAUCAUAUAUUCCGAUGUUUCAUUCCAGGCGCAUGAAUGCACGAGCGAAAUUCGCCAGUGCAACGCUCGAUCAAGGCCUCAUUUGUUAGUUGCUACUCUAUUAUAUUCAUCAGUCCAGUUAGUCAUUAAAAUAAAUCUCUUAUUGUAUUUUUUUUUCUCGGAAGGUGAUGGAGACUAAAAGUAUGCUGUACCUGGUGACUGAGUAUGCAAGCAAUGGUGAAAUGUUUAGUAAGUUUCAUUAUCAAAUACAAUAAUUUUGUGUUUAAAGACCCCUUGUGUGUAAACUCCUCAUUUGCAAUUCUCGUCAAGCGUGAUUGUAGUCAGCCGUUAUAUUAUUUCUCGUUCCUUGGCAGCUAUUAAAUCACUCAACUGAAGUGCAUUUUCAUCCGUUCGACGUGGAGGAAAAUUGUGAGAUUUGGCGUAGAAUAAAGUGAAGUUUCGUCAAAGGCUUUUUUCGCGAAAGUACAAUUUACUAUUGUGCGGUUUGUGAUCGUCAAUUUCGGCAUGCGUGACGCACGUCGCGGUGGUAGUACACUACAAAAUAUCGCUUUUACCGGCAAUCUUCUGGUCAAACUUUCGUCAGCUCACUAGAGUUUCAACCAGCGACCAACGUAUGUUAUAAGCUAGGUUGUUCCCUUAAUUUUUGAAAGGUAAUUAUAGCGUUUUUUUACAGCGAUGAGCAAAUAAAAAUUUUCUAUUGACAAAAUUGUAAGUCAAGCUUGCGAAGAAUAUCGAUUGCUUUACAAGGAGAGAACAAUCAUGUCAAGCCUCAUAUUUUUGCUAUUUCUUUUUGCUUUGUUUUCUAUGUUGCUAGUAAUACGUCAAAGGCAACAGAUCUGUCAAACAGAAAAAACCAACCUCAAAAAAGCAUCAAUCACAUGUAGAUUGCAUCAGUUUUAUAUGCCAUAUUCUUGGAAUAUUUUUUCCGCAUUUCAGUUUUAAGAUAAAUUUGCCCUGAACUGUAUUUAUCGAUUUCUUGAAGGUAGCUAAUUUCGUUUUAUCGGUAGUAAUUUUCAGAUUCUCUUGGGAAGUCAAUGUUUACUUCUGAAGUGACUAAAUUGAAUGAAUUGCUUUGUGUGUGUGUGUUUUUUUUAUCAUGCGCCAGACUGUGAUAACAGUUUCACACUCCUUAAAACCUUUAAACAGAAUUUAAUAAGAAUAAUCCGAAGAUCACUAUGUAACAUACCGUAAAGCUGAGCUUCGAAAUUUUUACUUAUCAACAUGAACAGAAACUUAGCUUUAAGUACAAUUUCCGUUACAUGUUUGACGAAUUUGAAAUGUUCGCGUGAGUAGCAUUUUUGAGCGGAAAGGUUAUGUAUACCUGUACACAAUUUCAUAUUUUGGCCGUGAGAGUGAUAUUGAAAGCAAUCAGUAAAGAGUUUUGUUGCCUUUGGAAAAUUUUUCACUAUGAACAAAGAAUUUCGAGCCAAUUUUGCAAAUAUGAAGGACUUUAUACAGUAAUACCGUUUGGGUAUGUGAUACGUAACCAGUUUAGACUUAAUCAUAAAUUGCCAAGGCUAUAACUGCGUGUCAGCAUGUAAAUAUUUUUCAUAUUCAUCGGUAUCCUCCUUAUUCCAAACAGGAAUGCAAUCACAAACAACAUCACUAAAUUUCGAGUUCAGGAUGCUUUUUAUAGAAAACGUGGCAUUACUAAAUGACUUCCUCAGCUAAUAUCUUCAAUAUCAUGUUGGUUUGUCCUUUUACAAUGACCUCAAGUCAUUCAAGAAAACUGGCCUCUUAAAGUUAGUCUUGUGUAGUUAGUUUCAUGACUUAUUCUACUAGAAUAAAAAAUGUCUGUUAUGACUUAUGUAAGAUUUGGCUUGUUGUUGGCGAGUUGGCUUUCAUCUGCUGUUUUGUCACAUUGUUGGUAUGUGCCUUCUGUCUGAAUAUAAUGGAAAAUGGCAAACAAUAUAAAGGUUAAGAGGAAAUUGAAACACCGCAAGCUAAGAAUAGCUGUUGUCUCUAAAAUUUGAUUUUCACACACUUAAUUCCGUUCAUGAGCCAAUAUCUCAUAUUUUGCCUAAAAAUGGAAUGCUGGAGUAAUUAAAGCAUAACUAAUCAAACAAAGAGAUUGAGACCAAGCACCUUGCGGCUAUUAAGAGUUGGUUUGACCUUUUGGCUACCCAAUACCCGGAUAUAUACAAAAGUAUUUACAUUCCUUUUCCCCGCUCUGUUUUCUUUGCAUCUCUAAUGUUACUAAAAAAAAAAGUGAGCAUUAUUUCUUUAGAAAUAAAUGGCCUUGUUGGCCGUGAUGAUCACUCAACCAGCUUUUUUGUUGGGUUAAAGGCUAAAAUAGAUUUUGAUCACUGUUAUAAUUCACUGAGUGAAAUGACGUUAAACUUCCACAGAAGUCAGUAAAGAAAACUUGACAUUUCAAUUUAACAUUGUUAUGUUUCUAGCUGCCUAGUGUGGCUAGCUGCCUAGUAUGUCUGUAUUUUCCAAUUUAUUCAUGAAAAUUCAACUUGUGCUCAAACUCAAGGUAAUAAACUCAAGCACAUGUUUAUCUUAUAUUUGCUUCAUUUUGCAGACUACUUAUCCCAUGGUGCUUUGCCAGAAAAAGAGGCACGGAAAAAGUUUGCACAGAUUUUGAGUGCAGUGGAGUACUGUCAUGAAAGACAUGUCGUACAUCGUGACUUGAAAGUAUGUUUAACUUAAUGCUAGCAUAAUUUUACUCAUUUAGAGAGACAUAGGAUCCACCUUUUCUACUGAAGUUUGUCUUAUCAUUAAAUAUCAGGGCUGUCAUUAAGAGGCGGGGGGCCAGAGAUUUCCCCUGGCUAUUUCAUGGGGAAAUAGAAGAAAAAUAGAUCCAAAAGAAACCCUUAAUCCUUAUUUAUGGGGCAACUUGAAAUCUCAGUGACAACCCUGAAUAUUAUCCAUUCCUGCAUCUUUGUGAUAGAGGAAUUGAAGGGGAUAUUAUAUUUGAAAGGAUUAUCCAUCUCAGUUUGCCAUGUUCAUAGGAAUCAUAGCAUCCUGUGUUUUAUGCUUUAGAGGCAUAGACUGGCAGACAGAUGAUUUGUCUGAAAAGAUCACUCUUUUAUAGAUCAUUUCUGCUCAUGGGGUCAGCCACUGUGCAAAAGUUCAGACGAGAAAAGAAAACAAUCCCCACAGCUUUUUUUCGUACAACAACAUGGCUACCCUUUCAUUGUUUUGGUAGAACAAUAUGGCACUGGGAUAUUGUGAAAAAAUGAUUUAUAAAUAAAGUAUUAUAAAUCAUGAAGCUUCUAGAUUUGCCCAUAAAACAGUUGAAAUUAAUAAUUUAGCCUCCAGUUAGGAGUGUAGUUGACAGAAAAAGUAUGACUGCAUUUAUUUUCACACUUGACACUGAUGUGAGAUAUACUCAUAAUUUUUUUUUACUUUUUAGGCUGAGAAUCUUCUUUUAGAUCAAAAUUUAAACAUCAAAAUUGCAGGUAAGAAAUAUUAGGUCAUUUAAAGGGAUAAAGGUUAAGAUAAAAUGGAAAUAAAUUGUGCAGGGCUGAUAAUGUUUGAAUAGAGACAGAAAAUUUAUUUUUGUCAUUAGAAAGCAAAUUAAAUCUAUGCUAGCUAGAACUAUGGCUGUGUUAAACAUGCAAAUGUAUUGUUAAGUGAUGGUUUGCACCUGCAUGUGACUAUGUCUCAAAUUUCUGUAAUACAAGUUGACUGUUUUGAAGCCACCUGCCUUGUUGGCCUAAUACAUUUUUAAUCUGUUUGUAUGGAAAAGUUACUGGAUAACUCAAAUUAUGUCUUUUUUCUCUGUAAUACCCUUCUAAAAGAUUUGAUAAGAAUAGCAAAAGGGUAUACAGGCUCACUCUAAGCAAUGUUGUACAUGUAAAUGUGUUGAGAUUGUCACAAGGGUGCCAUCUAUCAGGCAGCACAGCUAGACUCCCCAGUUUAUGCAAAUAUAAUUAUCCAUGACCAUAUCAAAGUUUUCCUUAACAAGGAAAAUUUUAAUGCUGACCAUUGUUUGGGCUGAAAGGAGUUUAAUGUUUGUCUCUCAAUUUCAGACUUUGGGUUUGGAAACUACUAUACCCCUGGCAAUCCUCUGAAUACAUGGUGCGGCAGUCCGCCUUACGCUGCUCCUGAAGUAUUUGAAGGAAAACUUUAUCAUGGUCCACAGCUGGAUAUUUGGGUGAGUAACUAUUGAUAUUAUCUAUUUUACCCAGAGAAACAUACACUGAAAUCCCAUGCAUGAGUCACACAACUGUACUGCAUUUUACAUGGUAAAAUACUGUCCAUGGACUUUCAUACAAAGGACUACACUUUUAUAAGUAUGAACUACUUUUUUGCAAGUUGAGUUUAAAAUUUUACCUAAUAUAGGGCUAAACUGUUUAGACCUAGAGUAUCAUGCCUUUCCUGGGGGUAAGAGGAGAGAAGAAUUGGGAAGACCAAGAGGGGAAGAUGAGGGGAGAGGGCGGCCUUAACUCUUUCCCCCACUCCCUUCACUUAAUUCCUAGCCUACCAGCAAGCUCUCCAGGGUGCUCCAGCGGCGGGUUGAGAAAAGGAAGAAGAGCUUGCAACUACGUCUCUGGAAUUUGAAUAUCUGCUUUGAAAAAGUCGAUGCAAAAUGCUGAUUGGCGGAGAUGACAUUAGUAAUGAGGACGUUACCCUUAGCAUGUGUUUUUCGAUGUUUGUUUACAUUCACACUUGUUUCUGCUUCACGCUGAUUGGCGGAAAUCUGACAGCUCAGUCGACAGGGAGCCACAGGGAAAUUGGAGGUGGAAUUCAAAUUCCACAGACGUAGUUGCAAGCUCUCCUUCCUUUCCCCACCAAACCCCAGAGCGCCCCAGAGAGCUUACUUGCAGGCUACUCUAUUCCCCACGCCCCCUAGAAGAGUCUAAAGGCUGACAGACUAGUCAGUAGUGUAGUUUACAACAAUUAUUACUGUUUGCUGAUUUCCUAUCUGGCCACCCGUUUGGUUUCUGUACAUGUAUGUAGUAAUCACUUCAUCAUUAAAUUUCACUGGAAUGACGCUAAAGAAUCAUAAACUUUUUUUCUUUUUAGAGUUUGGGCGUUGUUCUAUAUGUGCUUAUUUGUCGAGCCUUACCAUUUGAUGGAGGCACGCUUCCAGCUCUUCGAGACAGAGUGUUGGAGGGACGUUUUAGAAUACCUUUUUUCAUGUCUACAGGUAAAAAUAAGCGCUGUUAUUAAGCCUGUUUACCGAAGUGUUAACUUCACCCUUAGGACUUAAUAAAAAGCUAAUAAACUGACCUGAAAAUCUUCAUUAUAUUUGCAUGGUUUCUCGACUGGUUCCACUCAAAUUCCCAACGAAACGGUUGAGCCUGCAGUUUUCAGCGGAUACUUUUAAAUUGUCUUUAGAGCCCAGUUCACCCUGGCCACUAUUUCUUCAACGCAGUAAACUAUUCAGGCAAUUCCUAGAAUUUAAAGUACUGUACAAAUGCAUCUGCCAGAGCAAAACAUUUUGAUAUUGGCUGUGCUGUAGUUAUACUAGAGAGCGGAAUAUACAUAUGUGUUAUCUCAUUUUGAUCUCGCUGAUAAUCACUUGCUUCUUUUCGCAGAAUGCGAACACUUGAUUCGACACAUGCUCGUAAAAGAUCCAAAUCAACGAUACACCAUCGAACAGAUAAAGAAACACAAGUGGAUGCAAGCUGACCCGGCGGUCAAAAGCAUUCUGACCUACAACAAAGAGGCAAAUUUCGAAGGAGAAAAAAUUCUGGAUGAGUACAAUGAACAAGCGCUCGAGUUGAUGCAAGGAUUGGGUAUUGACAUCGAAAGAACAAGAACGGUAAAGACCGCAUUCAAAAUUUGUUUAUUCAGCCUCAGAUACUAAGUAAGCCCCCUAUUCUUUAGGGAUUUAGUCCCCAAAGAUAAAGACCCAUGAGGAAGAUACUUAGCCUUACUGACUAAGUAUCCUAUCCGUUCCCACCAUUCCUUUUUGUAAAAUCCUUAGAAACACAAGUUCGGGCAGCAUAAGUUUCAUUUGAAAGGUAACACCAUAGGAUUUCGAUUUAAGUUUGCUGUUUCCGUAAAAUGUAAAAACUUGCUAGGAAAUUAUUGAAUUCGUUUGGAGCGCUUCAGAUUACCACUGUACACUGAUUUUAUGAAUUUAAAUUUUUAAUUUUAGUAAUUCCAAUUAUUUAUUCCUCAACAGGCCCUUGCUGAAAACGCCUACGAUCACCACACCGCUAUUUAUUAUCUACUUGUGGAUCGACUUCGUCAACACAGGGCGAGCUACCCUCUUCAAACUCAGCUUGAAACCAAACUACGUCGGCCAAGUGGAAUCGCAGAGGCUGCCGUUGUGCGUGGUGGCAGGAAUAAUGUUAUGGUAGUACCCAAUCGCGCCGUACAGCGCAGCGUCCCAGCCCAAACUCCGCGGCCUUAUCUCCCCCUCCAAUACGCUAUCAAUGAACUGCACGAACGCAUUCCCACGCCGCCCGAAAUAAGGCGGGAAAUCGCCACGGAGUGCGUAAAAGAACUUUCUCCAAUGCGCGAGCCUGGACUCAAGGCGCGUUCAAUUUCACCACGUCAGAUGAUAAACGUAGCACCGCCUUUGUCGCUUGACAAUAGUGUUAGUAGAGAAACGGACUCUCCUACGUUGGAAAACAUGGACAGUGACGAGAAUGAAGAAGACAAGCCUAAAGUCAGGCGUCAUACUGUUCAUUCUAUGCCUAAGCAGUCACUAGCCGUCCCCGUGAAUCAUCCUCUAUUGCGAGGUCGCUCAGAGGAAACCCACGAAGAAUCGAACAUUCACGCUUUUCAAAUAAAACCUGCUAUUGUGGUCUCACACUGUGGGCCCAGUAAUAGCCUGAUGACGUCGACGCCACCCGUAGUCUCUCUUCGAGGUUCGGGACAGCAUCUUCAUAAUCCCGUGAGAAGAAACGGUCAUGUGCCGCUCGGAAGACGGGCGUCCGACGGCAAUGCCGUAACGCUAGCGUUUCAACAGCACUUACGAGUUUCCAGUCCGAAUAAUAGAAUAAAACAGUUACAACAGGAGCACCAGAGACUACAGGAACAGUAUCAAAAAUCGCUGUCACCCACGGAAAUUUCCGACCAGCAGGUGGCUCACUCUGAAUAUAAACUUAACUAUGAUCAAAUGCGGGAAGAACUUCAAAAACAUUACGAGGAACUCAUGGCUUACAACGAGCAGGAACGAACUAACGAGAGAAUGGAGCUAACUGACGAACAGAAAAUCGCUUUCACUCAAGCGGAACAACCAGCUCCUUAUUCAAUGCCAUUACAUCACCAGUUACAACAACUCCAUAUUGACAAUCGCCACAAUCCUCUACGAAGGACUCCCUCGUACAAGCAAAACCCUCAUAAACAAGUGUUUCGAACAUCAUCUUACAAACGUGCUCAGAUUUGUGCUAUGCUUCCUCCGUUACAAAGCGAACCUUUCGACUCUCUCGAAAAUAAAGAACCACUUAUUUGCGAAGACAAGACGAAACUUGGUAGAUAUUCCAUAAUCUCACUUUAGGGAAACCAGUUGCAAGUAGAUUUUGCCGGGGGCGGUUUUAUGUUGACUUUCGAUUUGCAUCUCCUUGUUUGAGGCUCAGAGGAAAACAGCGUCCCAACUGCAUACCGUUGAUUAGGUUAACACUUACAGUCUAGAUUUCAUGUCACCUUCGGAAUCAAAACGUGUAAUCCGUCAGCAGUACAUGUAGGUAUAAUGUUUUUUCUUCUCGCAUACAGAAAAGAAGCCCAUUUUGAAUAAAUUAUACAUUCAGCAGUGAGCCUCGAACUAAAGUCUCCACAAAACCGCCUUCAUAGAUAAAUGCUAACUUAUAUAUUGUGUGUAAUGAUUAUAUUUCUAAAACAGAGCGAAAGUAGGUUUUCUAUGUCCUUUUUAAAGAGCGAGUAGAUUUAUAAAACAAAACAUAAUUAUGUAUAAUAAGAAAUAUGAAAGAAGCACUUGUAAAUAACUUGCUUAUUUGCCACGCCCUUAGGCACCAUUGACGCAAAGUACAAGCUGUAUCACUUAAAGUACAGUGCAUUUGAUUGAAAACUUGAGAAAGCCUUACAUUUGUUUCUUUCACUUUUUUCCCUCGCACUUGAAUGAUAUAUAUCUUUCACGACCUUAACGGUCAGCCCAUUUCUCGAAAUUCUUGAUAACAUUUCGCGCCCCGAUCCAAUACCCCAAGUACCAGAGGUUAGAUUUUCUCGCUUGCAACGAGAAAUUAAACCGGAAAUCGCGCAAUGAAAAUUAGCUUCUGGCAACCAGGNACAGAAAAGAAGCCCAUUUUGAAUAAAUUAUACAUUCAGCAGUGAGCCUCGAACUAAAGUCUCCACAAAACCGCCUUCAUAGAUAAAUGCUAACUUAUAUAUUGUGUGUAAUGAUUAUAUUUCUAAAACAGAGCGAAAGUAGGUUUUCUAUGUCCUUUUUAAAGAGCGAGUAGAUUUAUAAAACAAAACAUAAUUAUGUAUAAUAAGAAAUAUGAAAGAAGCACUUGUAAAUAACUUGCUUAUUUGCCACGCCCUUAGGCACCAUUGACGCAAAGUACAAGCUGUAUCACUUAAAGUACAGUGCAUUUGAUUGAAAACUUGAGAAAGCCUUACAUUUGUUUCUUUCACUUUUUUCCCUCGCACUUGAAUGAUGUAUAUCUUACACGACCUUAACGGUCAGCCCAUUUCUCGAAAUUCUUGAUAACAUUUCGCGCCCCGAUCCAAUACCCCAAGUACCAGAGGUUAGAUUUUCUCGCUUGCAACGAGAAAUUAAACCGGAAAUCGCGCAAUGAAAAUUAGCUUCUGGCAACCAGGAUAGCGCCCUAAAGUCUCACGUAGAGAGUUAGUGGUGCUGCUCCUAGCUCUCAAUCAUCAGCCCAUUUUGUUUCAUUUACUGGUUAACCUUGAUCCUGAAAAGAAAUUCGGCAAACAUCAACGGUAUUCCGGUCCUAGUGAUUACCAGGACUUCCCAACCUCGUCGCCAGGGCCGAUCCCCCUCCUCUCAUUGUUUAAGGGAAAAGCCCUAGGAACAGGUCCCCGGCCGGCAGUACCGGAGCAAAGAAUUGGCCCCCUCGACUCCCGCCUUUUUUCCAUUUUUCCUGCCCUUGCUUUACGUUUGCAAAUCUUAUCGGUCUUCUGGUUUGCUAUCAAUUCAACCCUGCAGGGUCAUGCGGCUCCUGAUUCAACCCAAAUUACCUACACAAAUUUAAUUUUCGAAAUAAAUGAAAAAAUAAAAAUAAAAACGAGAUUUCCAAAAAAAUAUGUUUGCAUGCUGUUUAAACCUCUGAAAGGAUGUAUCCCUCGCUUACUCUCAAACAAGAAGGAAAUUAAAGCUUUUUGUUCGGAUGGACACGAUGAGAAGGAUCCCUCUGACGGUAGAGAUUCCAAUGCACUUGAGACCGUUAUAUGAUUCAGUAUCUGAAAUAAUGCAACGACUUUAUACUCAGUAGAUAAGGACAUUUCACUUGUUCCUCAUUGACAUUGUUGGUUACUAUAGCUAGUUGACGUUGGUCAUGAGCUGGCUACCCAGUGACAGUUGUAGCAAACUUCACGUGACCAUUAACUCAUUAGUCGUUCAAAUCACAAAAACAAUGGUUGUCACAUUUGUUUCUAUCCCGUCGUGCUCUUUAAAAAUUACCUUUCUGUUACAUCAAUAUUUGAAGUUUAAAUUUUACUGUCAAUGUGACGUCAUUCCCCACCAAAAAUCGCUAAAAUCUAAAAACAAUAAACAUAAAAAAAAAUGAAUGUAAGGUUGGCAAUACGGCGAUGGGCUGAUUUAUUUGAGGUCAGUGUUUCGGCCAACAAAAUUAGCCUUCCUCAGGGCCAGGGAUACACUGAAAGAAAAAAACCAUAACGGAUUCUAAAAUUUGAAUUUAACUUUACAUGAGAGGUUAAAAAUAAACUAAGGGUCCCUUCA